CUUCAAGGCCCCAAAUGAAAGUUGAACGCGGGUUUAGUACGUACACUCAUUGACGUUGUAAAAAUGUUGUUAUUAUCAUAAAGUUGUUCCACUUGGGUACGAUGUAGAGAAAAUAUACCGAAUGCGUUGUUUAUUUCGGCCGCUGUCGUGCUUUAUGACGCAUUAAAACGUUGACGAGAGGGAGUUUUGUUGACAUGUAGCUUAGCAUGCUAGCCUUUGUUUAUGUUGGUGAAGUAGUUCAUCAUUUGCACUUUAAUCAAAUGUGCAUUAGGUAAGAGAUCGUUACUGCAUAUUAUGUUCUCGAAAAAACAGACCUGGACUCAAACAGGGUUAUUUUGUGUUUGUUACUCUUUCAGUUGAAAUGGAAACAGAAACUGAUUCAUAAGGAGUCACUGAAUCAUAAGGAGUCACUGAUUCAUAAGGAGAAACCGAAUCAUAAGGAGAAACCGAAUCAUAAGCAGUCACUGAAUCAUAAGGAGAAACUGAAUCAUAAGAAGUCACUGAUUCAUAAGGAGAAACUGAAUCAUAAGGAGAAACCGAAUCAUAAAGAGAAACUGAAUCAUAAGGAGUCACUGAAUCAUAAGGAGAAACUGAAUCAUAAGGAGAAACCGAAUCAUAAGGAGUCACUGAAUCAUAAGGAGAAACAGAAUUUUGUUUUCCUGAUCCAAGAUUCAAAGAUCCAGAGAUUAUUUGACUCGGGCAUGAUUUGUCUCAGUUAGCCAGGGAAAAAUUCAAGAUCAUCAUUAACUUCAAGAUCAUCAUUAAGUGAAAAAGAGAUCAACUUCAGCCAUGAAGAAGAGGAGUCUCAAUGCAGCAAAAGAGGCACCGAAGUGGAAGAAGGCCAAAAGAGACGAGGCCAGCUCUGAUGAAGAUGAUGAAUCAUCACAGAGAACCACAAGCCACGAUUCCAGUCAGAGCGAGUCUCUCAGUGAUGCUGAAGAUCAGAGACCCAGUUUCUCCAAACCAUCAGCAUCCCAGAAUGCCUCAAGCAGCGAAGCCUCUCAGAGCGACACCAAAUUCUCGAUGUACAACAGCGUGUCCCAGAAGCUCAUGGCUAAAAUGGGAUUUAAAGAAGGUGAGGGUUUGGGAAAGUUUGGUCAGGGCAGAAAAGAGAUCGUGGAGGCGUCUACGCAGCGUGGGAGGAGGGGUCUCGGCCUCAUGUUGGAGGGAUUCGAGGGAGAUCUCAACGUCGACUGGAAGGACGAACCUGAGCCUAGUGCUUUUGAAGAAGUAUCCUGGUUCCCAGAGUGUACAACAGAAAUGCCAGACUCUGAGGAGCUGAGAGACUGGAUGACUAUAGGCAAGAGGAAAAUGAUGAUCGACGACGAGACAGAGUUCUGUUCAGAGGAGCUGCUACACCUGCUGCUACGCUGCAAGAGUGUGUUUGAUGAUCUAGAGGGUGAAGAAAUGAGGCGAGCUCGUACACGGUCCAACCCGUACGAAACAAUACGAGGAGCUUUCUUCCUCAACAGAGCUGCGAUGAAGAUGGCGAACAUGGACCAUGUGUUUGACUAUAUGUUCACCAGUCCAAAGGACUCCCAAGGGAAGCCCCUGUUCCGUGACCGAGAGAGCGAGCUGCUUUAUUUCGGGGACGUGUGCGCCGGGCCUGGAGGAUUCUCCGAGUAUGUUCUGUGGCGGAAACGUUGGCAUGCAAAAGGCUUCGGCAUGACUUUGAAAGGAGCCAACGAUUUUAAACUGGAGGACUUCUACUCGGCCCCCAGUGAACUCUUUGAACCUUACUAUGGUGAAGGCGGGAUUGAUGGUGAUGGUGACAUCACGCGACCUGAGAACAUCAGUGCGUUUCGUAACUUCGUCCUUGAGAGCACAGAAAAGCGAGGCCUCCAUUUCCUCAUGGCUGACGGGGGUUUCUCAGUAGAGGGGCAGGAGAACCUGCAGGAGAUCCUGAGCAAGCAGCUUCUCCUCUGUCAGUUCCUCACCGCUUUAUCUGUCGUCCGUACAGGAGGCCACUUUGUGUGUAAGACCUUCGACUUGUUCACACACUUCAGUGUGGGUCUGAUCUAUCUGCUGUAUCUCUGCUUCGAGAGAGUGUCGCUCUUCAAACCGCUUACCAGCAGACCUGCCAACUCCGAGAGGUACGUGGUGUGUAAGAAUCUGAAGCCAGGCUCUGAUGCAGUCAGAGAUUACCUGUUCAAGGUGAACCUGAAGCUCAAUCAUCUCCGGCAGUCGGACAGCGACGUCACAGACUUGGUGCCUCUGGAGAUCAUCAAAGGAGACACGGACUUCUACCAGUACAUGGUGGACUCCAACGAGCGUCAUAGUUCUGUACAGAUCAAAGCUCUUGCUAAAAUCCACGCCUAUGUGAGAGACACGACGCUGUCAGAGACGAGGCAAGCUGAUAUCCGCAAGGAAUGUCUCAGACUAUGGGGGAUUCCUGAUCAAGUCAGAGUGGCACCUUCUUCCUUAGACCCCAAGUCCAAGUUCUACGAGCUCAUAAAAGGCUCAGAGGUCGACAGCUUUAACUCUCGGCCCACACCCCUCAACCACAAAACUCUGGACAAACUGCAGCAUGUGUUGGACCACCGGUGCAUCGUUGGAGGAGGGGAACAGAUUUUUCUCCUGGCGCUCGGGAAAUCUCAGAUCUACACAUGGGAUGGUAAAUCUCCUGUGCGCUGGAGGAAGCUGGAGAACUUUAAACUGGAGCUGCCCAGAGACACACUGCUGAGUGUGGAGAUUGUUCAGGAGCUGAAGGGAGAGGGUAAAGCCCAGCGUAGGAUCAACGCCGUUCAUGUCCUGGAUGCUCUGGUUCUCAAUGGCACUGAUGUAAGAGACCAGCACUUCAACCAGAGGAUUCAGAUGGCAGAGAAGUUUGUGAAAGCUGUGUCUAAACCCAGCCGGCCCGACAUGAACCCUAUUCGAGUAAAGGAGGUGUAUCGGUUAGAGGAGAUGGACAAGAUCUUCGUCAGAUUGGAGAUGAAGGUGACGAAGAGCUCAGGCGGAAUGCCGCGCCUGUCCUACACGGGCCGAGACGAUCGCCACUUCCUGCCCAGCGGCCUUUACAUCAUCAAAACAGUCAGAGAUCCGUGGACGAUGGCCUUCAGUAAGAGCUCCAUGAAGAAAUUCUUUUACAACAAACAGACGAAACAGUCCACCUACGUCAUGGAUCCAGGUGCUAUAGCACCUUUCGACGUAUGUCAUCAAGAAAGGUUAUUUUGGGCCUGGGAGGAAGGGGUCAGAGUUCACGACUCGCAGAACCGCGUCGAUCCUCAGAAACUCUCCAAGGACAACGUGCUGUCGUUUAUCCGCAAACACAGCCAUCAGUGGGAGAGCCGCGACGGCGUGUGAAGCCUCCCGUCACAAACAGAGGGCGCUGUUGUUUGCAGAAGAGGAAACGUAGUGAUGGACAUGGACACAAGACUUUCCUUCUGUGUUCAAAUUAAAACCGCAGAGUUAAAGUAUAAUUUAUUUUACAGCCAGUAAACAUUAUACGUGUGAGGUAUUUACACAGAAUAUAGACGGUUGCGGUGCUUAGGCUUGUUAAAUCAGAUCUACUAAUACACUUCUCAUUAGGUGAUAGACUGCAUGAGCAAUAGGACACUCCGUAUCCUCUUCUGUACGCUCGCUGUCGCCUUCCUCUCCCUUCGUGCCGAUUUGUCGGCUUGUAAAUGUUGUUCGAACGAGGCAAAGGUGUUUCACGGGCUCCAUUCCUGCUUGUGAAGAAGCUUGAUAAUGUUUAAAAAGUAAAUAAAUGAAAAUUUCUCCUGGA